GUGAAUUAGUUUGUUGUUCGCGCCAGCCGAGAGCGCACGAGUUUCUGUCUCCAGGCAUCAGCAUUUGGAAUUUCGAGAAUACAGCAGCAGCAAUACAGCAAAUUGAUCAGUAGCAGCGCAAAACGACGAAAGCAAAGACGCAAAGGCAGACAGAGGAAUAACCCCAGACACAGCUGAUCUGCAGCCAGCCAGGCACAUUCGAUUGAACCAAGCUGCAUAGCAAGUGAAAUACGGAAUAAAAAAGAACAAACACAAAUCAAUAUCAAUAUCAAUAUCAAUACAUUAGAUAAACUUGAGCAUAAAACCAGUUUUUCCCAAAGUGCCUACAAAAUGAGUAAAAUGCCUGAGACAACGUUUGCCGACCUGAGUCUGGCCGAUAAGACUUCUGUGAAAAAACCGAAUCUUGAAGCGCGUCGAUUCAGCGACGUCUCCACCUGUUCCUUUAGCUCUGCCUGCUUCACUGGCAGCUCCGACGAGGAUGACUUUUCUCCGAAGGACAACAAGCAGCAAAACUCCAGUGGCAGCUCGGACUUUUGCAUCAAGAGCAUUGGCAAGGCCGCCUUUGGCAGGCGAGAGAUUGAGAUCGCCGAACAGGAGAUGCCCGGCAUCAUGGCUUUGCGUAAGCGAGCCGCAGAUGAUAAACCUCUGCUCAAUGCCAAAAUCGUGGGCUGCACGCAUGUCAAUGCCCAGACGGCUGUGCUCAUUGAGACGCUAACACUGCUUGGAGCUUCGGUACGCUGGGCGGCCUGCAAUAUAUUCUCCACACAGAAUGCAGUGGCGGCUGCUUUGGCUGAAGCUGGUGUGCCCAUUUACGCUUGGCGCGGUGAAACGGAGGAGGACUUUUGGUGGUGUCUGGACAAGUGUGUGCAUAAGGAAGGCUGGCAGGCGAAUCUGAUAUUGGACGAUGGCGGCGAUGCUACGCAUUUGAUACUUAAAAAAUAUCCGGAAUACUUCAAGUCCAUUAAGGGCAUUGUGGAGGAGAGCUUAACGGGUGUGCACAGGCUCUAUCAGAUGUCCAAAGCUGGCAAACUGACUGUGCCGGCCAUGAAUGUCAACGAUUCGGUGACCAAAAACAAGUUUGAUACCUACUUCACCUGCCGCGAUUCCAUAUUGGACAGUUUAAAGCGCACCACAGACAUUAUGUUCGGCGGCAAGCAGAUUGCCGUUUGCGGCUAUGGAGAUGUGGGCAAAGGCUGUGCGGAAGCCCUGCGUGGUCAGGGCUGCAUUGUUUAUAUCACGGAGAUUGAUCCCAUUUGCGCUUUGCAGGCGGCAAUGAAUGGUUUUCGUGUUGUGCGUCUCUCGGAAGUCAUACGCAGUGUUGACGUUGUGGUUACUGCCACUGGCAACAAGAACGUUGUUACUCGAGAUCAUAUGAACCGCAUGAAAAACGGAUGCAUUGUAUGCAACAUGGGACACUCUACAUCGGAAAUAGAUGUGAGCAGCUUGCAUACGCCGGAGCUGAGCUGGCAACGGGUGCGCUCUCAGGUGGAUCAUAUUAUUUGGCCAGACGGCAAGAUGAUAAUACUGCUGGCCGAGGGGCGCUUGGUUAAUCUCGCGUGCUCAACCAUUUCAUCGUUUGUGGUAUCCGUUGCCUCGGCCACACAAGCAUUGGCUCUCAUUGAACUCUACUCGGCGCCGGGACGCUACAAGUCGGAUGUUUACCUGCUGCCCAAGAAAAUGGAUGAGUAUGUGGCUAGUCUGCAUUUGUCCACUUUUGAUGCACAUCUUACUGAGCUAACCGAUGCGCAGGCAAAGUUCCUGGGCUUGAACAAGGCUGGACCUUUCAAGGCAAACUAUUACAGAUAUUGAUCAGUAUUUUGAUGCUCUUAUUGCGAUUGACUUUGGUUGAACCGAAUGCAUAUUUUAGUUUUAUUCCAUAUUUUACAUUUUUAAAUUGUUUGUUGUUUGUAUAAAUUAAGUAUGAAAUUAUAAUUUUAUUAGCGUUUAUGGCAUUCCAAGAUAUCGUUUGUUUGGAUUGUGCAGAGCGAAUAAAUUAGAUAAAAAUAGAUUGCAGAUAAUAAAAGACUGCCAUCUAGCGGUAGUGUCAGUAACCUAUUUAGCAAAUGCACAAACCGAUUUGUCGACGCCCUGGCGAGUGAAAAUGU